CUUUUUUUCAACAUAUUAUGAUCUUCAAACAUUGCUCUCUCACCAUUUUUCUUCCUCAUAUGUUCCUAUCAUCCUUUGCUCUGAAAACCCUAAUUUCAACUUUCUUUUAUUACCUAAGAUGACAAAAUCAGUUUAAGGAUUGUUGAAGCAAUCAGCUUAUGUGUAGACGUAGAGAAAAAUAUGGAAGGGAAUGCAUGUGAAAUCGAUCACUUAGAUUCAGAUGUGGUUUUGCCUCCUCGAAAACGGCUUCUAGCAGGACUGACAAAUCAGAAUUUUGAUGUUAAUCCAUGUACCCCAUCCCCACCUAUUGAGUUCGAUAUCCGUCUUAAUAACUUAUUGAAGUUUCACUCGGAUGAUUGUAAUCGUUCCAUUGAGGAGAUUGUCGAGGCCUCAAGAGUGGAAGCUCUAAAAGCUGUUGAGCUUGCAAAAUCUGCAAGAGAUGUUGCUGAAGAGAAAGCUGAAAAAGCAGCAAAAGCCAUGGCUGCUGCUAAGAGCGCUAUGGAGUUGGUUGCUACUGUUUCCGAUGAGGUAACUGGUAGAGACAAAUACACGACGAAGAAUAAGAUAAAGAAGCAUGUUCCUGUUCAGAUGUUGUAUAAUAAGUGUAAAGGAACCAAGGAUUGUAGAAAGGAUGAAGAUUUAGCCCCGACAUUACGUAGGUCAAUAAACAGCUCUCCAAGAAUUUCAAAGAACUCAACUUCUGACGGUAGAAAUCACAAACAUAAGAGGCUUAAAAAUGCUUCUCCUUCCGAAAAGGCUAAGUUUCAGGAUGGAAGUACAUCCACUACAAAGAAUCGGAAUUAUAGUGGUCAUGGGAAACCAAUGAACUUGAAGGAGAAAUUUGGAGAAUCUCUGGAUGAUAUUUGUAACAUUGGCAAAAAGAAGGGGAGGAUAAAACAGAAAAAAUUACCCCUCAGCAUUUGCAGUUUCAGGGAUAAAGUGAACCCCAAAAUGGACAUGAAUUCCAAAAGUUCUUCGUUACCUGUUGAGAGGUCAUCUACAUGGAAGUGCCAAGCUUUUAAGGCACCGACUUGCGUUAAACAGUCAGUCGAUGUAAUCAGUCUUCGCAUUUUUAGUUUCAAGAGGAGCGGCUACCAUGAUGGAACUUUUAGUCUGAGCAAAGCCAGAAUGAGAUGGUGAAAAAAUUAUGUAUUUGCGGAGAUUACUCUUGAAUAUCUCAAUUCACAGAUGUACAAUAUUCUACCGUGGAUUCAGAAAAACUUCAUGGAUCAAACUUUAAUGCCUCCCAAUUAAGCAGUUCUUAUUUUUGUUUUCUAGGUUCUAGGACUUGCCUUCUCGUUUACCAAUGAGUUUUCGGUUUGACAGGAUUUUGUUAGGUUAUGGAUUUCCAUUUCCUAGUUUACUUCUGUUAGUGGUCAUCAUCAGUAGCAUUAGAAGUGUAACAUUUUUUGUCAAAGGAGACUCAUGUAUGUCUCUUCCUUUCAUUCAUCUCACUGUAACAUUAUUAUUGAUGUACAUAUGUAAAGCAGUAGCAUUGUUUUUUUGUGUGUCUAAGAGGAUUAUAAACCAAUACACCAUCAAUCUAUCGUAAAGCAUGAUGAUUUUCUUGAAUCAAUAA